AUGACGUCUUCUAGGCGCCAUCAGCGUUGCCACUCCCUCUCUGAUGACUCUGAGGAGGCCAAUGGAAACCAGGCAGAUCCUGAAGCAGAACUGGAACCUGAAGAUCUUGAUUGGGAUAGCUAUAGCACCACACUGGAGCACAGAUUAGCAGCUGAGCAGGAGAGUGCCCAGGCCUCCGAGCAGCGCUGCGUCCAGCUGGAGAAGGCCCGGUGCGAGCUGGAGCGGCAGCUGUCAGGCCUGUCGCAACGUCUGGAGGAAGAGGAGGUCUGCUCAGCCCAGCUGGCCCUCCACAGGGACAGACUGGAGGAAGAGUGCAGCAGCCUCAGGAGAGACUUGGAUGAUCUGGAGAGCACCCUGACUGUAGCUGAGUGCAAUAAACAGUCAUCAGACAGUGAGGUUGGGAGGCUGUUGGAAGAGCUUUUUCAGAAGGACGAGGCUGUGCAGAAGCUCCAGCAGGAGAAAGACCAUCUGGUGGAGCUCAGCCAGCGGGCCAUUGAGGACCUGCAGAGUGAAGAAGAGAAGGUGAACCUGUUGACCAAAGAAAAAACCAAGCUACUGAUGCAAGCUGAAGAUUUGGAGUACCAGCUGGAGCAGGAGCGCCGUCGGCGUGGUGAUUUGGAGAAUAACAGGAGGAAGCUGGAGGGCGACACCAGAUCUACACAGGAGAGUCUAGGAGAGAUGGAGAAGAAUAGGAGUGGACUGGAAGACCUCAUCAAAAGGAAGGACCUGGAGCUCAGCAGUACCAGCUCCAAGCUGGAAGCAGAGGAGGCCCUCAACAUUGCAAUGCAGAGAAAGAGCAAGGAGCAGCAGGCUCGCAUUGAGGAGCUGGAGGAGGAGCUGGAAGCAGAGCGGGGCAUCAGAGCCAAGGUGGAGAAGCAGAGAGCAGAUCUAACAAGAGAACUGGAUGAUCUCACUGACCGACUGGAGGAAGCAGGGGGGGUCACCGCCUCACAGAUGGAGGUAAACAAGAAGCGAGAGGCUGAGCUGCAGCGUCUGAGGCGAGACCUGGAAGAGACCUCUGUCCAGUCAGAAGCGCUGGCUGCGUCUUUGAGGAAACGGCACAGUGAUGCCAUGGCAGAGCUGAGCGAACAGUGUGAGGCUCUGCAGCGGACCAGAGCUAAACUAGAGAAGGAGAAGCAGAACCUGAGGAUGGAGGUGGACGAGCUGGCCGGUUCCCUGGAGAGUCUGCAGAAAGCAAAGAUGUCUUCAGAAAGCCAGAUGAGGAAGCUGGAGGAGCAGCUGUCAGAAGCCAACAGGAGAGGAGACGACCUGCAGAGGGCCCAGACCGAGCUAAGUGUGGCCAGGAACAGACUCACAGCUGAUAAUGCAGACGUUAGUCGACAAAUGGAGGAGGCAGAGACCAGAGCCAGCCAGCUGAGCCGCUCCAAGGCUCUGCUCCAAUCCCAACUGGAAGAACUGAAGAAACAUCUGGACGAGGAGGUCAAGUGUAAGCAGGCGGUCUGCAACAGUCUGAGCUCCGAGCGGCAGGAGUGUGAGGUGCUGAAGGAGCAGCUUGAGGAGGAGCAGGAGAGCAAGCAGGAGCUGCAGCGUCUCGUCUCCAAACUCAACAGCGAGGUGACGCACUGGAGGACAAAACAAGAGUCUGAAACAAUCCAGCACGCUGACGAGCUGGAGGAGGCCAGGAAAAAGCUGGCAACCAGGCUUCAGGAGGCCGAGGAGGCUGUGGAAGCCACUCACGCCAAAUGUUCCUCUCUGGAGAAAACCAAACAGAGGCUGCAGGGAGAGGUGGAGGAGCUCUGCAUGGACCUGGAGAAGGCCAGCAGCUGCGGUCAGGCUCUGGAUAAGAAGCAGCGGGUCCUGGAGAAGCAGCACGUAGACUGGAAGCACAAGUGUGAGGAGCUGGUGGCUGAGGUUGAAGGCUGCCAGAAGGAGAGCCGGCAACACACCAGCGAGCUCUUCAAACUCAAGACGACCCACGAAGAGUCUCUAGAGCAGCUUGAGGCCCUACGCAGGGAGAACAAGGUCUACCAGGAGGAGGUGGCUGACCUUACAGACCAGCUCUCAGAUGGAGGUAAAAGUGUCCAUGAGCUCCAAAAAGCAAAGAAGAAGAUUGAGAUGGAGAAAGAAGAGCUACAGGCCUCACUGGAAGAGUCUGAGGCAGCGUUGGAGGUCGAGGAGACCAAAGUGCUGAGGCUGCAGCUGGAGUUGUCUCAGGCUAAAGGAGACCUGGAGCGCAGACUUCAGGAGAAGGAGGAAGAGAUGGAAGCCGCUAGAAAAAGUCACCAGAGGGCGCUGGAGUCCCUGCAGGCCAGUCUGGAUGUUGAGGUGAAAGGCAAAGCAGAAGGGAUGAAGUUGAAGAAGAAAAUGGAGGCUGACGUCAACGAGCUGGAGCUGCAAGUGGACCUGCUCACCAAGAACAAUGUAGAGCUCAACAAGAGCAGCAAGAAGAUGCAGCAGCAGAUUAAGGAGCUGCAGGCCCAGUUGGAGGAGGAGGUACAGAGCCAUGAGGAGUGCAGGGAGGAGCAGGCAGCCUUAGAACGACGCUGCUCUCUAUUGGUCAGCGAGGGGGUGGAAACUCGUGCAGCCCUGGAGAGCACAGAGAGGACUCGCAAGGCCCUUGAGAUGGAGCUGCAGGAGGCCAGGGAGAAACACAGUGACCUCAACAACCAGUUCCAGUUGGCUCUGAGUGGGAGGAGAAAGGUUGAGGUGGAUCUCCAGACUUUGCAGCAGGAGCAUGAUGAGCUGCAAGGUGCGCUAAGAGGAUCCACAGACAGGUCCAAGAAGGCCAACUCUGAGUUAGCGCGAGUGGGGGAGGAGCUGCGUCUGGAGCAGGACCACGCACUCCACCUGGAGAGAGUGAAGAAAGGUCUCGAGGCUCAGAUCAAAGACAUGAGCAGCAGGCUGGAAGAGGCCGAGCAGAUGGCGCUGAAAGGAGGCAAGAAGAUCAUCCAGAAGUUGGAGGGAAAGGUGAAGGAGAUAGAGCUGGAGUUGGACUCUGAGCAGAAGCGGCACGCUGAGACGGUGAAGACGCUGCGGAAGAACGAGCGUCGUCUGAAGGAGCUGCUGUUCCAGUCAGAGGAGGACCAGAAGAACCAGCAGAGGAUGCAGGAGCUGGUGGAAAGGCUGCAGAACAAGAUGAAGGCCUACAAGAGACAAGUGGAGGAGGCUGAGGAGCAAGCUAACAUGAACAUGGCGAAGUACAGGAAGACUGUCAAUGAGCUGGAUGACGCUGAGGAGCGAGCUGACAUUGCUGAGUCCGCACUCACCAAGAUCAGGACCAAGAACAGAGGCAGUUUUGGAAAGGGAUACUCCUCUGGUUACAGCACUCCGUACCCCGGCCUGGUCAGGUCACCCAGUUCUGUGGGCUCAGAGGGCAGAGGGGAGAAGAUCCUCAACGACGACAACGAGUCUGUCAGCUCCCUCAUCCCAGCGUAUCUCAACUCUCUCAAAAAGCUCAUGGUUGAUUAGAAGUCAAGCUGUGUCUUAAUAACGGUUAACAUUUCAGAGUACUGAUCCAACUCCCCAGGUGCUACAUCUCUCCAGCUCUGACUACUUUUGAAGAAGCGAAACAUGGCAUAGUAUGAAGUUUGAAAGAUCAGAGAAGCUAUUCAGGUCAUUAACAAACCAUUCAGUGUGUGUCACCUGUUCGUGCAUACUGUACAUUUCCAUUGGACUUUUCUAAAAUGUUCUCUUUCCUUCCUCUCUGUCAUGACUGCAGUGUGCAAGAUCACCACUUUAAUAACAAACUUUAACACACUUUAAUAUCUCCUGCAUAUUGUAAUAUUUGUAUGUAAAGACAGAUUGAAUAUGGAAAAUUGUAAUUGUGUUCUGUAUUCCCCAAAAGGUAGCUUUUAUUUUAUUACAUCCAGUUAUAAAUCAUUUGUAAGCCAGUUUAUUAUGAACAUCAAUAACAAAUAUAAUUGUUUCCAUUUCGAAAUGGCACCAAAAUAAUGAAUAGCUGUUAAUCUGAGGUAGCCUUUAAACUUCAUCAUUUAUACAUGGUAUACUGUGGUAAACUAUUUAAACAUUGUUGUCUCUAUGCACCAAAAAGGAAUUCGUAACAAUUAAUUGAGAAAUGCCUCACAUUCUAUGGAUGAACAACAAAGAGAAGCUAAAACUGCACUAAAUGCUAGCUAAACUCAUUUAAAAGCUAGUUAAAUGUCUCCCAAUGGCUACGAACUGGAAUGUAGAUGCAACGUACGUAGUGAGCACCAUAUUCUGCAACUUUAAAUAGCUAACUAGGUAUUUUUAAGG